AUGAACUUGAUUGGCUCUAAUUUCAGUGGAGCUGCUGGAACUCUUUUACUGGCAAACAUUUUUCGAGCAUUUCAAUCACUAGAAAAACUUAACUGCUCUGACUGUUCUCUCACCUCUGCUGACAUCAUAAUGCUUAUCCACCAUCUCAAGUCUGCCAAUGUAAUAUGUAAGAGUUUAAAUUGGUUGUAUCUCAGCAACAACUCCAUUGAUAAUGAGGGAGUGAUAGCUCUCACUGAGUGUUUACCAGAGCUGUUUCCUAGACUGAAGGUUAUUGGCAUCGUUUACCAGGCUGGUGUUGAUGUCUAUGGUAAUCCUGUGAGCGAAGAGUUGAUACACAUGUGCAACAAACACUUGGAGGCCUUCGAGGAAUCCCGUAAAAUCGCAAUUCUGAAUGAGUGGGAGAGAACGUGUCUACCUCCGCAAAACGAUGAGAUGGCUCACGUUUUCUACAAAAUUUGGGUUACGCUACUGUCAAAGAUGAUUGAGGUGGCUAAACUAUUUGACCUCGACCGAACAGACGAUGCACUGGACACUCUUGGUACUGUUUGUUACCAGGAGUCCCUACAAAUUACAGAAUCACCUACUGUACGGUCUACUCAAAUAAUGGAACAAGAGGAAACAGACUUUGUUGUAUCAGUUUCUGACUCUAAUAGUGAUGAGAAAGUUACGCCACCCCUCCAACCUUCAUCUCCACGAACAACUCAAACCGGUUUAGUCCCUCCAGAGUUGACUCUCAAUGUUCUGGACAAGGAGCUCAAAACACUCACAAAACCAAUACAGUUUGGGGUCAGUUUGAGGAUAAUUCCCCAACACCGACUGGAGGUCAUCCAGCAAGACAAUCGAAAUGAUACUGAAGGUCAGAAGAUUGCCCUGUUCCAGUUCAUUGCCAAGAACUACAAGAGUCUAGGAAUAACUUGGAGCAUUAUUGCCGACGCUCUCCAUGACAUUGAUUAUGGGGACUUGUCAUCAGUUGUUAGGGGAAAAUACUGCACUGACUAUAUCUAGAAUGUGACUUUGUUCAUUCACAUAAUAUAGACUACAGAUCGUAAUAUUAUAGUUGUAGAUCUAGUACUUUUUUUUAUUGAUGUAUCGAGUCCUUUGUUGUUAGAGUUUGUUCUUAUUUUUAAGGAGUUUGUAUUGAAAACUGAAACUGCAUGUAACAGCGUGUUUGUUUUUUAUCUACGUAUACCACCUACUUACUUCGA